AUGCUUUCUAGUGCCAGCAGCGAUGUUGAAGCUCGUCUCCGCCGCUCUAAGUCCGCUUCGACCGUCCACAAACGUCCCACCUCCACGGCGGAGCCGAUAGAUAUGGAGGCCGUCAGGCAGCAGGCAGUGGCUGCUGCUGCAGCCGCAUAUGUACGGGCACAUGCUCAAGAUGCGACCGGACAUACCACCAGACCGAGCUCUGAUCUGACGAGAUCCAAGAGCAGCACCAGCCGCAAAUCUUUCACGUCCCAAGGCAACCAUUUCCCCCCUCGUGGUUCCAGCUUUCGAUCGAUGCAAGCCCCAAAAGCCGAACAGGGUCGAGGCGGCCAGAUACAGUCACAAGCGUUGAUACCGACUACAGAGCAAACCAAGGGACAACCUUCAAGUUUGUAUCAGACACCAACUAUCGGUGGAUCGGCAUCGGUACCACGGCGGUUGCCAGCGCAGCCUUCAAGGACCUCAAGUGAGAAAGCCAGGCCUAGCUCUCAGCAGAAGACGUUUCGACCAAGCACCGCGUCCUCUGUGACCUCGCAACAGAUCCGAAAGGCACGCUCCAUGUACUACGCAAGCAUUGUCCAGACAGGAUCGCCGAUAGGAAGACCACCAGCGGAGUACUUGAACACACUAGUAUGGGUUAACGAAAAUCCGGUGUCAGAGCCUCUAUCCUUGCGUUCACAGACUCGAACGCUUCGAGGCUCGCCUUUGACAAAGCCGCGCAUACCAGUCACUGUUGCGCCUGGCGUGACGCUUGACGAGGCGCGGGACGAAUAUUUACAUGAAUUUCAACAAAAGUCAGUCAAACACAAGCCAUCUAUAUUCCUGGCACCAUUCAAGAAAAGGCAAGAGAAAAGCAACGACAGUGCGAAGAGCACAUCAGAAACGCAUUCUCUCUCUCAGUCGAGAGAGCAGACGGCCAACGAACCAAAGAAUGAAAACGCCCUCAAUGAUUACCUGCCACCGCAAGAGGCAAAAGAGAGGCGUUCCUUUUCUGGUUCAUUAAAGCAUAGAAUCAGGAAAGUUUUCCGACGGACUUCAGCUAAGCGGAAUGACCUUCCUGUGCAACAGAUCGAAGCCAGCCGCGACUACUUUGAUGUCUCCCACUUCAGCCCUCCAAGCGCUGAGAAUACAAACUCCAUACCAUGCCCAGACGAAGCAACACUACAGCGUGUGCAUGGCCGCACUUCCUCGCUUGAUAGCGCUCGUCCUAAUCACCUCCGAUCUGGGAAUCGAAGUGACAGUACUGGCAGUGGGCGCAGUGCUCGAAGUCUGCACAGUGAAGUCAAUGCUCCGCAGGUGCCAUCAUCCCGAGUGACGAGCUGGGGAACAACUUCAACUGGCGAUACGCCGACGCAACGAACCAUCAAACGCAUGACGGUUAUUCAUGAGUCCAGGGACAGCGUUGGGAGUGAAGCAGAACACGCCGAUCCCUCGAUAGCGUCAAGGAGAUCAUUGCCUCUUCCACCACUCUCAUCCUUUCGCGAGCCCAUGCCCAUGGAAACCCUUCCUGAAGAGAAUUCAACUCAUAUUGACCCAAAAAGAGUCUUUUCUGCCUUGAUGAGAGAGAUCGGUUCGACUAAAUCGUCUCAUGAAUCAUCAAUAGCCGCCAGGCAGAUAUCAGGUGCGGAGAGUGAUGUACUUGAAUCGAAUACUGCGAACCACCAAUUCCAGACACGAAACCUGCAUUCUUCUGGAAGCUGCAGUGUCCGUCCAAGCAUUAAUAUCGAUGUGCGGCCGCAGUCACGACGAUCUACGUUGGCUCACAGUGUCCGGAGCAAAACUAGCACAAUCAGAUCACUUGGAAGAGCGAUAAGAUUGACCAUCCGCGCCGUAACACCUGUUGAAAACCAUCUUUUGACUAGGGCUGAAGAUAUAUAUCUUGGACAAAGCGAGGAAGAUAUCCACAAGAACGAUGUCGUACUUCAAUCAACCACUAUUCCCGAAUGCGAAGAUAGCCAAGAGCGUGCCAAUGCCGCGCAAUGGCCGCAUGGUAUCAACAAAUUCAUCCCAUCUGCCUCACAGAUCGAGAGGCGCGUGGAGAAAACCCGAGACCGCUGGAGAGCACAACUGGGAGAGGCUGGGAAUUUUCGAUUUCCACGUGAGAUGGAUAAAACUUACGAUGUUACAACAGCUGUUGUCAAACCUCAAAAAACUCCAGACGCCAAAGCUGAGUAUAUUGAGAAGGCAGAGGAUUACAACCACACUAUCGCCAAUCAAAGUCCUCGACAGCCACGAACAACACCGAAAGCCAUCACCUCACCACAGCCGAAGGUCAUGAUAACGCCAAUGUCUCCUAGCAUCUAUUCUAGAAAUACAGAUGGUAUCAGCAUCAAUCUGAGCGACAGUAUCGUGUCUUUCGAUGGCUCAGGCCAACUAGGGCACUCCCACAACGCUGGCUCAGCUGUUAUUCUCACGUCUCAGUCUGUAAGAAGUUAUGUAGUAGGCACUCCAUCACCAAAACGUCAGGCAGCGGCUCACACGAGUCGUGACUGGAGGGCUUGGUUGUCACAUGAGAUCUCAGGAAUGGAGUUGAGCAGUCAGGAAGAUUUCUCUAUCACCGGCCAAUAUAAAAAAUUAUCGAAAGACGAAUCUCCGAACUUUACGCAUACGCAAAACAACGAUAUGAACGACGCCUCAUCGAAUAAAAACACGCAUGAUAAUGUGUCUCCCGAACGUCAAUACCCGAACAAAUCACUCCGAUACAGUAUGGGUGAUGAUACUGGUAUGGACGCUGCGAAUCCUCAAGAUUAUAAUUCUUUCCCCAAAACUUCGGAUUUUGAUGAUCCUCGGAAAAUUUUUGAUAUGGGAAUUACCAUGAACAGUCGAGUGGACCAUAACCCACUACCUCAACCAGCCGCUUUGGUGAUCAAGCCGCACCCAGUUUCAACGUCUAAGAGUCACGCAUCGUAUCCUGCAGAUUCUGAGACGCCCAGGCAGUUCUCGAACGAUAGUCACCUAACUGUUAUCAAUACUAUUCGAUGUUCCAGUAGUGAUAGCUUGGCCUCUCGACGCUCGAAGUCGCCGACUGAUAGUAUGAUCGCACUCGAUUCACCAAAGUCUUCAAAGUAUUCGCCCAAGCCUGUGUCUCGCUCUACACUCCCUUCCCCAUGUUCAGAAGACAUCCUUGAACCGAUUUUGAUAACACCACUAAAGAUAAGACGCACGCAACUAAGGGUAAAGGAGAAUUUAACACCGCAGUCUUUUCGCAGCCAAAAUGAGUCCACUUCUACACCUCGAACAAACCUACAGCAACCGCUAAAUCCGACGUCACUGAAUUAUAGCCCUCCAAAAAUCGACCAACAAGACACAAAGUUAACCGGAUCCAGUCUGAAUAACGCGCAACCAACUCCAACUUCACCACCACUACGUCCCCGCAUCCGCGUCAUCGCGCGACCCAUCUCCCCCGAGAAACCCGCUCGCCGACCAAAAAGCGCAUUUGACUUACGAUCAACAAACAGCAUUGCAAGAACACCUGCCGUAUACACUACACCGCCGCCUGCCUCUCCCCCAAAACCCACUAGCCUCUUCGACACCGAAUCUGCAAGAAGCAAUACCCCAGGCCAUCGCAUGGCCGAAAACUUCCUCCGACAACGCAACAGCACAACCGCACUUGGUGGCAGUACCGGUAAGCGUAGGGGAGGUAUGGUGUUGGUACGGGAAGAUACACCAGCGUUUUUAUGAGGGAUAUAUGCAUAUUUAACACUUUUCUUUGAUUAUGAGUAAUGAAAGAUAUGGGAUAUUAAAUGGUCAGCAUAAAAGAGUAUGGUUGUAGAUUUGUAUUGGAUACGAGGAGUACACUUGAAUGUUGGAUAGGGCUGCUGGCCACCCUUUGAUGCUUGGGUAUAUGGGUAAGGGGUAUAAGCGUGUAGUGUAGUCUUGUAGGGUUAAUGUCAUGAGUGU